AUGUCAACUGCUAGAUCUGAACACCUGCCAAUUGGUUACCCUCCCAAGUCUGCCAACGGUCAGCGUUCUACUUCUCCCAACACCAACUCCAACAUCUCCCCGAUCGAGUCUUCCGGCGCAUCUGCCACCAGAUCCCCGUUCGGCAUGUCAGGCACCUUGAAUCCCACCGGAAAGAUGGCAGGCAACACGCGAUCAGGGGCUGGAUCUCCAUCGCAUGACACUGCCGGCUCAAGCCGACUCUUCUCUAAGCGAGCCAGGGAAAUCCAAGCUCAAGAAGGCGUCCCUGGUAUGCCAGUGAACCUGUGGGGUGGCCCACCCACCAGCGGCAAUUCAACUCCUCUACGCGAGAACAUCCCCGAGUCGCCAACCGAUGGAUUCCCGGAUUUCGCGCCAUUGCCUACCCCCGAUAGCUUGCCCUCGACGAGACGUGCGCGAGCUGGCACCGUCCCCUCGCGAUUCCCUGCCAAUGGUGUUCUGAACGCAUCCGCGCCUCAAUCACAAUCCUCCCGACCUACUCCCUCUCAGAGUCCAUUCAACAAAACACCGUCGCCCGGGUUGGCUGAGAAUACCGAUGCUGCUCGCGCCUCGACCCUUCUUUCCCGACUCCGUGCUGGCUCCAUGCCUCAACGUAGCCCAUUCGCCCACGGCCCGGGCAGCAGCUCGCCAUUCGGCCCAUCGGUGUUCAGUACUUGGAACCCGACUGGUCGUGAUAGGGGCAAUACGCUUGCCAGCAUCGCGAGCGUUGGAUCGAACGGGCCCAGCUCGCCAGCUCAGUCCGCCAUGUCAAAGGAUGGACCUGGAGACAAUGACGUCCAUAUGAGGACUCUUGACUACCUAGGUCUGGCCGAGACUCCACAGCAACCCCUUGCUCAGUUGGCCUACCCUCCUGGCUUCGCUGAUUUGUCGAAACAAGCAAAUCGUUUCCGAUCCUACUCUGUGAACAACAAGGACAAGUAUGCAGAUGAGGAGGACGACGGCUAUGAUGAUGAAAGUCUGGCCCUAGAGAGCCAAUAUGCUGUCCAUCUCAAUCUCCAAGACCAGCUUGCGGCUACCAAUGCCGCUAUUCACAGUCACAACCUGGCGGUACAGAGUCUGCAAUCCUUCGCUUCCCAAGCGGCUACUCGACCUCGUGCUAGAACGGCUGGAGUCCUGGAGUUGCAGGGGGCGGGCUCGAGGCUCAUGCGCAACUACUAUCCUACCCCGUCACGCCUUGACAGCUCCAUAACUGCCGCAGAACUUAGGUUGCCAGACUCGAAGGAUUUUGAUGAUCUUCCAACCGCUGUUGCUGCCAUGAACCUGGGAAGGUCGAAUAGUCGCAACAACAACCUGUUGACAGCGGAAGAGGCUGGUCUUGAAGGCCCUACAAGUGCUUUGUGGCUUGGUAGUAUCCCGACUUCGACCACGACGUCAACAUUGACCGAGAUGUUCAAGUCGUACGGGACCAUUGCCUCUGCGAGAGUCUUGACUCAUAAAAAUUGUGGUUUCGUCAAUUUUGAAAGGAUUGACAGCGCCAUCUCCGCCAAGGCAAGCAUGAACGGCAAGGAGAUAUUCCCAGGGGCUGGCCCGAUCCGAAUCAACUUUGCCAAACCUCCUUCCGCAUCGAACACGCCCGGUCAUGACGGUGUCUUCCCCAGCCCAAGCCCUGAUCCGUUCGCGAAGGGUCAGGAUGCGGCUGGCUCGAAUGCAGCAGGCCUGACUACCGACAGCGCUGGUGCUGUGUCAAACCCAUCCAAUGUGGCGCCAGCCCUCGCACCCCUGCACGAGAUGACUGGUGAUAUACUCCAGAUCGUCAAGUCCUUCGGAGCUACAGACGAGGAUACGUACAGGAUCUCCCACAGUCUCCAACAAGCGAUCCAGUUCAAUGCCUUUGUCGACGAGAUCCCGCCUAUCCGUGAACCUACCCACACUCGUGUCCACGAUGCUCCGAAGUUGAGAGACAUCCGAAAGCGUAUCGACAAUCAGAGCCUGUCCCAAGCCGAGAUCGAAAACAUGGCUGUAGACAUGCUUCCCGAAAUCGCCGAGUUGUCUUCUGACUAUCUCGGCAACACUGUUGUGCAAAAGCUGUUUGAGCACUGCUCGGAUGAUCUUCGCGAUGCCAUGCUCGCCGAAAUUGCGCCUCACAUGGCUGAGAUUGGCGUUCACAAGAACGGCACCUGGGCGGCACAGAAGAUCAUUGAUGUCUGCAAGACGCCUCACCAGAUGUCUCUAAUCGUCGAGAACCUUCGGCCGUACACCAUCUCGUUGUUCCUGGACCAGUAUGGCAACUACGUCUUGCAAGGCUGUUUGAAGUUCGGAUCCCCCUUCAAUGACUUCAUCUUCGAGACCAUGCUCAACAGGAUGUGGGAUGUUUCGCAGGGCAGAUAUGGCGCGCGGGCCAUGCGAGCAUGUCUGGAAAGCCAUCAUGCUACCAAGGAACAGCAGAAAAUGCUUGCUGCUGCUAUUGCCCUCCACAGCGUGCAACUCGCGACCAACGCAAACGGAGCACUUUUGUUGACUUGGUUAUUGGACACUUGUACUUUCCCCCAACGACGUAACGUACUGGCUCCACAGCUUGUGCCCUAUCUCGUUCACCUCUGCACGCAUAAGGUCGCGUAUCUCACCGUGUUGAAGGUAAUCAACCAGAAGGCGGAAGCUGACGCGCGAGACACCAUCCUAAAGGCCCUCUUUUUCACGCCGAAGGAUCAUGUAUUGGAGGCUAUUCUCAGUGAUCAUGCCUGCGGCGCUACGCUGAUCUUCAAGGUUUUGACCACCCCAUUCUUCGAUGAGAGCAUUCGAAGCCAGGUCGUGGAGAAUGUGAAGAACGUCUUGGUCCGCAUCAAGGCGCAGCCCAAUCAGGGAUACAAGCGGCUGAUGGACGAAGUCGGUCUCUCGACUCGCAACGGCGGAGGCGGCGGCUCUCGUGAUCACUCAGUCGGCCACAGUGCAUCGAACGAACGGCAACGACCGGCGUCUAGACACGCCCAGGCAAACGCGGCUGCCGUGCAGCAGAACUCCCAGUAUGGCAAUCAGUACCUCAACCCGUUGAACCCUGCUAGUACCCCUCAGAACUUCGACAUGGGCGGUUAUGCUGUACCUCGGAGUGAGAGCGUAGAGCCACCCAUGCCUCCGUAUCAAGCAUAUGGACACCAAGGGCCUAUGUUCAACGGCGCGAAUGGAUCGAUGGCGCCCGUCAAUCUACAGCAGUUGCAGUACCAGCAAAACAUGCUCUCUCGCGGUGCACCUCCUAUGAACAACUACUACCCACCAAUGCAAGCGGGUUUCGGAGGCUACAACAGUCCAAGCCCGUCUAUGGAUCAAUAUCGCGGCCAGAACGUGGCCAACGGUAGCCCGAAUCAGCCGCCAGGCGCUCCGGCUGGGUUUGCACCACCAGGCUUCGGCAUGAACAUGGGCAUGGGAGGCUACGGCUACGGCAAUGGGAUGCAGAACAUGCCUUACAUGCAAGAACAGCCGGUUAACACUAGGCGUGGCCGCGUAGGUCAAUCCAGACGAUCGCCUCGACCGUGA